UAAUCGUCCGUGAAUAUAAACACAAAACAUAUGUCAAACGUUGAAAUUUUUUCUGGUCCCUAUUUAAAUUUCGGAUUUUUUCAAGGCUUUUUGUAUCCGAACAAAUAUUUUAGAAUAUCAAUCGUUAAAACGCUGUCCAGCUACCGUUUCUCUGUUGAGCCUGUUAAUAGUACACCAGCGUUUACAUUUAAGGAAGUUUUCAGCCGAAGAUCCUCUGUAAGGCCAAACCGCAGCACAAGAUGUCGAUGCGUCCUGAUGAUCAUCGUCGCAAAUGGGAUCGGAAGGAGUAUGAACGGUUGGCCCAGGAACGUGCACUUGCCAAAGCUGACACUACUGCCGAGGAUGAACCAAUCACAAAGGAACUGCUCAAGCAGCGCGAGUACAAGGUUGACCUCGACUCCAAGCUGGGCAAGAGUAUGGUCAUUAACAAGAGCACCCCUUCGUCGCAAUCUGGUGGUUAUUACUGCAAUGUGUGUGAUUGUGUGGUCAAGGAUUCAAUCAACUUUCUGGACCAUAUAAACGGAAAGAAACACCAGCGUAAUUUGGGAAUGUCGAUGAAAGUUGAACGCAGCUCUCUGGAUCAGGUCAAGGAACGGUUCAAAAUAAACAAAAAGAAAACAGAGGAAAAGAAGAAAGACUACGAGCUUGAGAGCCGUGUAAAGGAAGCUAAAGAAGAAGAGGAACGCUACCGAGAGUAUAAGCGCGAGAAAAGGAAAGAACGGAAACGGAAAAUUGAAGAAGCAGAUGACGCGGAUACUGGAACCUCUGAACUGGCUGCCGUGAUGGGAUUUGCCGGUUUCGGGGGAUCUAAGAAAAACUAAGCUUACGUAGUAUUAUUGCUAUUUAAUGUAUAUUUUUACACAUUUACACAGUAUAGAAGGGCGAAAAAUUUACAGCAGCUAUCGAAGAACAAUUUAUGAAAUGAACCUCAUUUUUAACGUUCCCGCCUCACCGUCAAUCGGUAUCAUUUGAAACUCUGGCGCGUCCUGCGAAGAUGCGAAGAGGUAGUAAAAUGAGUUAUAUUCGAACUUUUACUGAAUUUAGAUUAUGUUAGAUGCAUCAUUGCAAUGAAAUAAAAUGAUUUGCAGCCAAAUAAAACAAAAUUGUAUAGUCACUUGGGUCAUGAGCCAUAUUUAUACACUUUUAAAGCAAAAUGGCUUUAUUUUCUAUUCUGGAUGCUUACAUGUAACCAGAAAACCAUUCUCCAGAAAAUAAAAUGCCGAUGGUUUGUCAGGUUCUUUUUCAGUUAUUUGACGGGCAAACUAAGAAUUACUUUCCUUUCGAAUUUAGAUUUACUGCGACAGCUUGAAGCCUGA